AUGUCCGCCGAGGCCAUCACGCCGGCGAUACUGCAAUAUAUCGACCAAUCCGCCUAUCCGGACUCCGAACAAAUCGCUUCCGCCGGACUCUCGUCCUCACUCCUUCAAGAUCUCAGCAAACGACUCUCCCAAUCGCAAGACCAAGUGAAAGAGGAAAUCCGCAGUAUAGGCAAGGAUGCAUCCUCAGACAUCGAUACUUGGAUAUCGCGCGCGAAAGAGCUGCAGGCGGACAUCUUGAGGAGCAGGGAGACCGCGAGACAGAUUGUUGCAGAUGCCGAAGCUGGAAAGGAGCUAAAGUCGAAGGUUGAGGACAGGAAGCGGAAGGUUGACUUGUUGGAGAACGAAGUGGCAUUCCAGGAGAGUGUAGCCGCACGGUUGGACCAUAUCAGGCAUGCGAAGGAAGUGCUGGAAGAUGUGCAAGAGUGCAUCGUAAAGGGACAAUUCGGACGUGGCUUGAAAAGGCUAGAGGAGGCAGAAGAGAGUACCAAUGGCCUUGGCGCUGGCGGAGGCAGCGGUGUUGGCAUGUUGCUGGGCAGAAGAGCUGAGAAGCUUCGUGAACGACUCCAAGAAGCUGUCAUCGAGGGCUGGAACCAGCACAUUAUUGUUGGCGAAGGACAUCAGGCCGUCAUCAAAUCCGGUGUGGAGGAGCUGGUCAAGACAGGUAAAGCUUUGGGUAUUUUCGAUGACUUGCUCGAGAAGCUCGCCAAGGCUUUCGACAGAGUAAUAUUGCGACCCAGAAUGAUUGGUCACAACGGUUCAUUGCCUAGGGUAUAUGUGGAUGGAGACGAAAUCUACUGCAAAAAUGAGGCCGAUCCCUCAACCGGGCAGCUCUUCGCGGACCUCAAAGCUAUCCUCGAUUUUCUGGUCAGACAACUCCCGGCAGAUGUUGCUGCUCCACUGUCGGACAUGUUGCUCCCCACCCUCUCAUCACGUCUCGAAGAGGAAUGGCUUGAGCCUUCCGUUCCUUUGCAACUCUCCGAGGUGCCGGCGUUCCAAAGAUUGCUGGAAGAAAUCCUCGACUUCGCAGACUUCAUCGACGAGAAACAGUUAUAUGGGGGUAAAGGUCUCCGGGAAUGGCUUGACAACGUAUCGCCCACUUGGCUGAGGAAGCGACGAGAAGUCAUUCUUGGGGACGUACGCAACUUGGUGUUCACUGGUUUGCGAGAGACUAAGACUGUUGAACGAGUCGAAACGCAGGUCAUCGCCAAGGAUGACGCUCUUGCUCAAGGCGGACAAACUGGUGACGAUGACUGGGACACGGCUUGGGAUGAGCCCGAGGAGCAGCCCGCAGCUGCAGACGAGGACGACGGUACUAGCGCUUGGGACGUGGAAGGUGAUGAACCAGCAAAAGAAGAUGCGGGAGACGAUGACGAGGCUUGGGGAUGGGGAGAUGGCGAUGAGAAUGCGCCUGCAAGUCCCAAAGCCGCCAAAAAAGAUCUCGCCAAGACAAACGGCGACCCACCUCAGCAGGCCCAAGAACAGGAAAUGACGCUCCGCGAGACCUUCACCGUAACGUCCGUCCCAGAAAAUCUCCUCGUCCAAAUCCAGUCCGUAAUCCACGAUGCCGAAACGCUCUCGGGCCCAUCCUAUACCAACACACCUCUCGCACCCGCUUCCGCAGGCCUCUACCAACUCCCCAAUCUCGCCCUCGCAAUCUACCGCGCAACAGCACCCACUGCCUACUCCAAACUGCCCACAGGCAGCAUGCUAAUCUACAACGACGCCAAUCGCCUCUCCGACCAACUCCUCCAAUGGCAGAAAACCUCCCCGCAGGCCGCCAAACUCCGCCUUCAAAAGGACACCGAAGCCCUCGAGCAAUUCGCCAAGAGGGCCUACACCUCCGAAAUGGACUCCCAACGCACCAUCCUCCGCGAUCUCCUCGACGGCGCGCAAGACUUCGCCAACUGCACCGCCGAACCCUUCCGCUCCCAAGCCAUCGAGGCCGUCUCCCAAACCAUCGACCGACUCCGAGACGUCCACACGCAAUGGACCCCCAUCCUCUCCCACUCCGCUCUCUUGCAAUCCCUCGGCUCCCUCCUCCACACCAUCACUUCCCGAAUGACCUCGCAGAUCGAAGACCUCCCGGAUAUCGGCGAGGAGGAAUCCAGACAGCUGGGCAAGCUCUGCGCUCACGUCAGUACCGCCAGGGAUCUCUUCUAUCAAGAAGCGAACGGAGAAGGCGAAGCCGGAGGAGAAACGAGAGACAUGACGUUCAUCUAUUGCCCCUCGUGGUUGAAAUUCCAGUACCUGGCGGAGAUUCUGGAGAGUAGUCUGGCGGAUAUCAGGUAUCUGUGGAAAGAAGGGGAAUUGUCCUUGGAGUUCGAGGCGGAAGAGGUCGUGGGGCUGAUUGAGGCGCUGUUUGCGGAGUCGCAGUUGAGGAGGCAGGCGAUUCAGGAGGUCAGGAGGGGAGGGAGAAGGUAA